UUGUCGUUAUUAAUAAUAUUAUUAACAUUUCAUGGAUAAAAGAAUUUCAAGUUCAUUCCGAUUCUCACCUUAUUCCGAUGUUAGCUUCUUUUCAUUCAAGAUUAUCAUUUAAACUCUUCCUUGUCCUGUUAAUGAGUGAAUACAUAAAGGUAAAUGUAAAUUACAUUUUGUAGAUUCUCAUCAACACUAUUUAGUAACAAUUAACAAAUGAUUAGAGUUUAAUCUCAUGUUGAGCUUUUCACACUUUACGGGUUAAUCUAGUUUGUUGUUGACCUUAAUUACAUUGGUUUUGCAUCAAUUUGGUCUGUCCAUUGAAAAUUGUUGAUUCCUUUAAGUUGGACAUUGAGUUUUGAUUUGAUUUGAUUUUUUCAUUGCAUUUGUAAGUAUUUUCAUUUCAUCCUCACUUGGGUUCAAUUUAAUCAACUAUUGAUCAACUUGCUAAGUUGUUGGCAAUUAGAUAUGGUUUGAUGAAUUAAUAAGUUGAACAGGUUAAGGUCAAGUUUAUGAUGUAAAGCCUGAAAAUUGAAAGGUAAAUACUAUUAUUAUUGAGAUUAUUCAUGUGAUUAUGAUUAAAAUUGAUUCUGUUCAGGAUGAUGGGAAUGAGGAACCCUAAAAUUUAGGAUAAACAGUUAAAAUUGGAUCCCAAAAAUGGAUAUUAUUAGAUCACUUUUUGAUUAAAUGUAGUUUACAAUGGUUCGUUGAUUUUUUCACUUGUUAGUUGAUGGUUUUUUGUGUGUUAAUAAUUGAAAUGAAACAUGGUUUUGUUGGUUAAUGAUUAAGAUUAAUCAAAAUGACAAUUGUUAUGACAAGUAUGAAGACUUGAAAGACAAGAUUCAAUUUAUAAGAUCAUUAAGACUAACAAAGUCAUCAUUAGUAUAUGUUUACAUCUAUUUGUCUUACUGUUUAACCAUUAGAUUUAUAAACAUUGAAAGGAUUUGUUGAUAAUCAAGAUUUUAAUCAUUCAUGUGCACUCAAAUCAUGAUUAAAGAUUUAUUUGCUUAAUUAUUAAUUAAAAAUUAAGAUUCUCGUUUGUAGAUCGAUUCGUAGUUGUAUUCAUUAUCCAAUAUAUCUGUUAUCUUAUAUCUUUUAAAUCAAUCUUGGUUCAUCGAUAUUGAUAGCUAUUGUUUAUUAUUAACGGUUUCAUUGUUGCGCUCGUUGUGUUUUAUUAUUUAUGAAUGUUUCAUACUCCUGAUUUAAUUUAAUUCAACUUCUAACUCUAUUUCUAUGAAUUGGUGAAAAUCUUCAUCUCAUAAUUAGAAAUAUCUUCUAAUUUACUUUCUGGUUACUUGUCAGCAAAGUGCUCUUAUCAAAUCAGAAGAUGCCAGUACAACUCCAAAGGUGUUUGUCACCAUUCCUAACCAGUCUAAAAAUAGAUCAGACGAUUCAAUACCAGCUCUUCCUUUGGCUCAAGCCCUGACGUCUGGAGAUAUUGCUUCUGGUUUAUCAAGCCUUUGGGCAAAAGCUGAUUUAUUACCACUGAGCGAUGAAGACUUUCCAAUGGCGUUGUAUUCAUCUGGCUCAUUGGCUGGAUCGUCUAACGCUGCCGCAUCUAACUCCGUAAAAGAGUCUAACGAUAAUUCAGUCUCUGAAAUAUCAGCCAACAAACCAUCUUCAGAUAAUAUCAGUUCACCAGAAGUUUUGAAACGAGUUGGUUGGUCUGGUGAUCAAUCAAAAUAUUCUGGUGACACUAAGGGUUGGUCUAAACAGAUUGGACAAUCUAUUGGUUCACAAGAUUUAGAUAAACCUGGGUCAGCUCAACCUAGUCAUAUGCAAUCAAUUAACCAUCAAUCUGAUGAAAUUAAAUCAUCACCAAUGUCUACCUCCGUAACCAAUAUGGAAAUGGUUGAUUUAACUGCUGCAGCAACUUCAAAUAAUUAUGAAGCUCCUUCAUCUGGUUCUAAUUCUGGUUCAUCUAAUGACGGAUCUUCAUCUUCAAUGGGAAGUAACUCUGGAAAUGGUAAUUCUGGAAGCGGCAGUGGAGGACGUUACUCUUCAUACAACUCUGACAACCCUCGUACUCGAACUCGAUAUGGAUUCCGCGUUGGAUCAAACUCCCGACACCGAGAACCAGAGUUUUCAUCUUCAUCCAACUACGACGAUUUCGCACCACCAGACUAUCCAUCUGGAUCAAGCUCAGGCGUUGAUUCAGGAUAUGUAGAUUCAUAUGAAUCUGGCCCUCCACCUCCACCACCAAGUGGCUCAUCAAGUUCUGGAGAAGAUUAUCGAGGACGAAUUCCCGAUGGUGAUCGACACAACCCAUCUCAUGACAUGAAACAUUCUGAUGGCCCACCACCACCACCGCCACCACCAACAACUCACAGUCAUGAAAACUAUGAUCGUGAUUUACCUCCAAGACAAAAGUAUUCAGGUUAUCGACCAAGAUAUCGAACUAAGCAACACUUCAUGUCUUCAUCAGCUUCAUGGCCCGAGUUUUCUGAAUGGGAAUCACCAUCUUCCUCAGACAGAGGUUGGUUAUCAUCAUUAUUUGGCAGCGGCUCUGGAUACAAAUCAUCAUCUAGACCCAACAGAUAUCGAAGUCCAUUUGGUUUAACAACUUCAGCAGAAACAAUUCCAUUAUCAUCUUUGCCAUCAAGUUUCUUCGAUGAUGCCAUUCCAUAUUAUAAGCCACACACUCAUCAUCAUACUCACCCUCAACCACCUCCACCAUCAGUCCCAAUGCAUUCCCCUAUGCCACAACCUCGACCAUCAACAUGGUUUAGUUGGGGUGGAAAUGGAUUAAGACCUCAUGCCUCUACCCUUCGACCUUCAUACUCAUUCGGCGGUUAUGGCUACGGUGGUGCUUACGGUCCACGACCUCUUAUGUCAACCGCUCCACCGCCACCUCCAUCUCCUUACAGUUACUCUUAUGGUGGUCUCCCUUCAAGCAGCUCAAUGAUGCCAGUUUCUGUUCGAAGCCCAUUUACUUUUGGCUCCAUGAUGAGUUCACCAUCAAUGUCUUAUCCUCUUAAAAUGGCCUACCCUUCACCUUAUACUUCCGGGUUUGCUUUUAGAUCACCUUAUCCUUUGUAUAGACCUUUCAUGCCCUCAACUGAUUUAGCAUUUGCUGAAUCAUUCAGAAAACCUAACACCAGUGAGAAGAUGGAAAGUUCAGCCUCUCAAGCAGCAAUGGCCUUUGCUUCUCCACCUUCAUCUGGUUUAUCUCAUCCUCAUCCUCAACCCUCUCCUCCUCAAAUCCCAAUGUUAACUGGACCAAAUGGUGCUUAUCUCAAUCCAUUUGUUAAUCGUCCAGGAUCAAACGGUAUGGUAGAUCCUAUUUUUAAUUUUUUCAAUCCAGGGCCAACCAACUCGGUUACUGAGAAGCCAUCUGAAUCAUCUGGAUCAUCUGGAACAUCUUCAUCACCCGAGGGUACAACUGCAUCACCUGUAGCUAAAAAGAACACUGGACUUUUCUCUGGUUUAAGGAAAAUUUUUUAACACAGUAAUACAAUGACUGUUAACAAUCAUAGAUACAAAAUUUAAAUCACUCAAUUACCACCAAUACAAUACUUUAUUUAUCCCAAAUUUAUUCAAUAAUAAAUUUUACUUUUUUAUUUUUCUUAA